CUCCAAUCUCUCUCACAAGAAGUAAACAGAGUUCAAACUUACAAAACUUCAAAAACUUCAAUAUGGGAAGACAGCUUUUUACGACGACGUUUGUACACUUAGUCGCAUUACUCUUUCUUUUCCGGACAAUCUCAGCCGUCCGUUUCCCUCCCGCAGAACCAACAAUUAACGACCUAGAUUUCAUCCGCACGAGCUGCAACGCAACGCUCUAUCCUGACGUUUGUUAUACGUCUCUGGCUGGCUACGCCUCCGCCGUGCAAGAUAAUCCGGCGAGACUAGCUAAACUCGCCAUCGGCGUUUCUCUUUCCCGCGCAAAAUACACGGCGAGUUUCCUCUCCAAACUCUCGCGUCGCUCUGCUGCAGUUUCCUCUGCCGCCGUCCACGACUGCGUUUCGAACAUGGGAGACGCCGUGGAUCAGAUGCGUGGGUCCCUGAGGCAGCUCCGGGAGAUGAACCACCGCCGUCCAGGAGCGCCGGCGUUUAGGUUUCAGAUGAGCAACGUGCAGACGUGGAUGAGCGCGGCUUUGACGGACGAGGAGACGUGUACUGAUGGGAUCACGGAGGCGAUGGAAGACGGAGAGACUAAAACGGCGAUUUGCGAGAGAGUCGGUGACGUCAAGAUGUUCACGAGUAAUGCACUAGCUCUCGUUAACACCUACGCCAACAAUGGAGCCUAAGUUAAGCUAUGUCUAAAAUUAAUAAAAAAUACUUGUAUAUAUUCUAUAUCUGUGUUGAGUCAGUGUGCUUUAGUAUUUUCCUGUGUAAUUCGAGGCUUUUAAAAACCGAGUUUAAUUACUGUGUUGGAACUCUGAGUUUGUGUGUUCAAAUUAUACAUUAAUCUAUGUUCGAUUGCAUUA